AUGGACGUUUUCAAGCAAGCCCAGAGCCGGUUCCAUCUGGCCUUGCCAACAGAAGAGCAGGCUAAAUACAGGCCCUGCGGCUCUGUUGAGCAGCUGCUUACUGAUGUUAGACAGUUCAGCCUGCUACCUAAAGGCAACAGGCGGCUCUCUGACUGCAUGCUGAAAAUUAAAGCCUUUACGGAUAAUCUUGAGCCGUAUUUAGGUGUUAUAGCCAUAAUAUGCGGAUCUCAUGCUGGCCGGGCUGAUGCGACUUUUGGCACAUUAAGGCUUGUCCUCCAGAUGGCCAGUUCCUACGGUAGUUUCUUUGAGAAGCUCUGUGAUGCGCUCGAGAGACUGGACAUCAGGUUUCCGCGGUACCAGGAGCUUUACGACAAACUUAGCUCGCGGAAAGCUGGGCCAGUGGGACCAACGCUAACGAAUGCGCUGGGGAAAACCUAUGACUUUUUAUUCGAGUUCUUUCAGAGCGUCGCGGGGCUCUUUUCGCGGCCAAGCGGCAGGACAAGGCACACUUUUUCUACCGUUGCUUCUCUUGCCCGGAAGCCAUUUGAUGUCCGUUUCAAGGAAAUACUGGAGAAAAUCAGCUUCUACCACAACCUGGUCAAGGAGGAGAUAGAGACGGAAAGAGUAGAUGAGAUACAAGACGAUCUGUUUAAACUGAAAGCGGCAGCGGCAGAACAAGCUACAGAGAAACUGCAAAACACAGUCCUCGAGAAGCUGAAGGAGAUUCAAGCAGGCCAAGCACCAAACAAAGCCCAGUUGACUCUGUUACAGAGUCUUCUUGUUGAUGGAUUUUCUCGUCAAGCAACACUCGAAUCACAGAAUCGAUUACUCAAUUUAUUGUCUCAGUUCACGAACCACGAGGAGGCCCGGAUACAAGCUGAAUUCAAAUCCACUGUAAUUCGGUGGAUUGACCCGCCGGAUUACAAGGAAAAUCUCUGCGAUGCGCAAGAUGAGCGCGCUGAUGGAACUGCAGAAUGGAUCUUUGAUAAACCCGCAUUUAUCCAGUGGCAGCUUGGAAUACCAGAACAGGACUCUCCGUCAACAUCGAAUUCACCUAGCUCACUUCUUUGGGUCAAUGGAAAGCCGGGCUCGGGGAAAACCGUACUCGCUGGCUCCAUCGUGGAAGAGCUCCGGAGAAAACAAAAAACCCACAUUAUGGACUCGGCGGUUUGUUAUUAUUUCUUCAAUCAAAAUAUGGGCAAGAAGAAUAAUCAUGUCGACACUUAUCGUGCUAUCCUGGCGCAGCUGUUUCAUCACUGCUACGAGAUAGACGAAGUUUACGACGUCUUCGGCAUGAUAAAGAUGAGCAUUAUUAGCGACAUUCGGGCAUCGGAGCACGAAUUAAUCGACACAAUACAGUUGUGCCUUAAAGAACUUCCAAGAUCCAAUUUCAUUCUGGAUGGUAUCGACGAAUGCUCAAACGACACUAAGCUCCUGAAGAAUAUUAAAUUCUGGUGUGAAACAACAUCAGUCAAGAUUAUUCUUCUCAGUCGGCCAGAUGUCUCAAGUUUGAGGAAGGCAAUCUCGCCGACUUCGACCAUUACUAUGAUAGAUUCAACGUUAGGCAGAGAUAUCUGCCGGUAUUUGACACCCGAAUUCGAUGACUUUCGAGACGAGGGCCUUUUGCCAAAGGAUGCAGAUAUAGAAAUGUUGGCACGCCAUCUAGGAAAACGAGCUGAGGGGAUGUUCCUUUGGGCUCGCGUGAUGAUCGAAUACUUGGCCUCCCCAGCCUUGAGUAAGAGGCAACGGCUGGAGAUUAUCAUGGAGGACACACCGGGAGGACUUGAUCGCCUUGAAGAUCUCUAUUGUAAGAUUCAAGACCGGAUUGAUGCCCUUGACGGACCAAGCAGACAAUUAGCCCAGAAAGCGCUGGUAUGGCUAGCUCAUACUCGGCUCACACUUCCCGAGCUUAGCGAAGUAAUCACCGACGAAGAUUGGGUGUCUGAUCGCGACGAAGGCUCAGACCACUUUGAACACGCUGUUAUUGUGUCUUGCCGCGGUAUCAUCGAAAAGAGGUCCAAUGGGAUAUUCAGGUAUAUUCAUUUAACAGCAAGGGAGUUUGCUCAGAAUGGGUCUCGGCGAUCUGCGCGACAAGCAUUGAUCCCACAUGCUCAUAUUGCCAAGGCCCAGAUUGUUGAAUAUUGUGUCAGAUACUUUAACAAGCGAAUACCUGCAAAUCCACUAUCGGGACAGCUGGGAGUGACUGCUGAUGUCAACAUCAUCAUUGAGAGAUGGCCCUUGCUGAAAUUUGCCUCACGGAAUUGGAUGGCCUUCGCAGUUGAGUUGUUGUGUUCACACGAAACUGAAUUCUCUGGGAACCAAAUGGAAGGUCUUUAUACCGAGAUCAACGCGUUUAUGAAAAACCGAUUUUUCGUCAUGGUUUGGAUUGAAGCUCUGUACACAUUGUGUCCGAGUGAAGUCUUAACAUCCUUAGAGAAAACACGAACCAACAUUGAACAAAUGCAGUUGAUGCAACUGCCGCCGGACUGGCAAGAAUGCUGGCAAAACUUGAAAGAGCUGAUCCAAGACGUUUGUCAAAUAAAUCUCGACUGGGGUGAAACUCUUAUAGACACACCAUACGAAGUUUGGGGCGACGUUGGCAUCUUCCAGAAAAGCAAGUUUUUGGCCUCAACCAAGGCAGGCACAGUGGAAUCCCUCGCAGCGAGGCUGCAUGAAAAGGGAAGAGCAAACGCAGUUGGGCCUUUAUUUAGCCAGUCUAGAAGCUCCCCAGAUGCCAAAAGACUUGCUGUACUAAGCGUCUUUCCCUGCAGAUUUUUUCGAGACGGUUGGGACAGGCAUGACGAUAUACCAUUUUAUCCGGAGGCUCCGGUGCGAUUUGUGACGACGGAACCAUACGAUAGAAGCACAACCGAAGAAGGCCAACACAGGAGGCCUCGUCCCUCCGCAUGUUCCCCUCCUUCGCCACCUGAGCUGCCAACUGAUCCAACUCCUCCGUUUUCACAGUCUGAUUUUAGGGACGCAUGUUCUAAAUGGGUAUUAACCUACGAGAUCUUCUCUAUCGAGGCUACCGAAUCUAGGCGCCUGCUUUUCAUGGAAGCGCCUAUUGAUGCUCUUUCAGUUGAGAUAUGCCUCAGACAGAGCCUGCUUGUUGACAGCAAAGACUGGAUCUGUACUUUCGCUCUAUCAAUAGGACCGAACUUGGACAGAUUCACGGUGUUGAAUGUGUUGUUUGAUGUGAGAUCCGACCAAAGCUACCAUUGCAGAACAAUAGAAUGGCCUCAGAGAUAUCGACCUUCAUGUUGGGACACAUCUAAACGCAUAAACUCAGAUGGAAGGGACACCUACAAUUAUCAUUUCUCGUGGAGUUGGGAUGGGCGAUAUCUGUUGUUUCGCGAUCGCAAUCUCAAAGCAAUUCGAUGGGUUCCACAUGGGACUUGCCUCGCCAUAUUCUCCAUCUUAGAGCCAGCCUCGGUUGGAGAGGGUAUUAAAUUGGUAAACUGCUUCUCUACCGUUUCGCUUACCACUGGAUUCCAUUCCUGUCACUUUCACCCAACCAAAGAUCUUCUGCUACUGCGAGACGACAGAAAUUUUUACUUAUGGAAGUUUCUGGAUGAAAAGGAGCCUUCGGUCCUCCAGAUCGCUGAUACUGAGACUCGUCCAGGGCUCGGAAUCGAAAGCAUCUCGUUUUCUAGCUGUGGAAAGUACAUUGCCAUCUCCUACAGAUUCCAGCCAUGGCCAAAACUAUAUCCUUUGGCAACUUUGCUGGGGAACGAGGAAAAUGUUGAGACUUGUCAUGAGGUGACGGAGACGUCAUCAGGUAUAACUGAGGACUCGGCUGCCUCGAGCGCAGUUGCUGCCCGAAAUAAGCAAACAGAACUCACAACUAACGCCAUCAUCAGCCGGGCCACUUCAUCUUCAGUUGUGGUUAGGAAAAACAACGGAAACGAAUUUGACAUGGCCCUCCUGAAGGUGGCUCCGAAAGAGGUCCGGAUUCGCCAAAAGCAAGAAGGAGAGGAUAGUUACACAUCUUUGAUCAAGUUGCCCCAGUCUAUUCCAACCAGAAAUAUCACCGCUGAGGUGACAGCGCCCAUUGCUGGAGAAGACCCUAAAUUCCAGGUCAUUCUCAAUGUUGGGCCGGAAAAAGUUUUUCUGAGCAGCGAUGCCGGUGCCGCCGCAACGCAUCUGCCCCUUGUUGUUCGGAAAGACCCUCGAGCAUUAAGGCCACAACCAUCAGAUCGAAUCACAGCGGAAGGCGCGAAGAUCUCUCUUAUUGAUAGAGGCGCUGAUGCUGUUCCGGAGCAGUUGUUAGAAGCCCCUAAGAAUGAUUCAUCGAAAGCGGGAGCCAAGAAGCCACUUGAAGCGCAGUCCACUCAGGCAGCAACUGCGAAGCUCAAGCCCUCAAAGAAAAAGGGAAAGCUCAUUAGUUGGUUUACAAAGCGGAUGAAGAAAUAA